AUGCGAAGCACAGCAGCAUUCACAGUACUAUUCGCAGCUCUGGCAUUUCUUCAAGGUGUGCCGGCGCCACCAGCAUUAGCAUGGAUAGGCGCCGCCGCAACGUUCGGGGUUCUUGCCGGCUCGUCUACCGCGAUUAUCGCCGUCGGCAUCAAGGAGGACGAAAAGAAGAAGAAGGAAGAAGAUGAGAGAAACAAAGGCAAUGGCAAACUUCACCAGUACGCGGUUAACUAUGCGCACAGAAUGGUGCGAGAAAUUGCCGCAGAGAUAAAAACCCGUCGAGCUCAGUCACUAGAGGAACCCGGCCUGGCUCCUCCUGGAGUACCUCAGUAUAACUGGGACGAUUGCUUCAACCAAGCCCGCCAAGCAAACAUAUCGAUCAGAGGUCCUGUUGGUGAUCAUGGAAUACGAGCUACAGGAGUGCCCCCUGUGUGCAUGAAUUUGGCCACCAUGCUCGGAGGCGCUGUCAACGGCACUGGCAUGCCCAUUCCCUGUGGUUCGGACUGCAUGGACUGGGUGAAGAUGACGCCGGAAUACUACGAGGGAGUAAGGAAGAUGCUAAACGGCCAGACUCUAGACUUCAAGAAGACCUCCUGA